AUGGACCAUCCCGGCGCGACCAUUUCCCUGGCCUCCAUCACCAACCCCAGGGCCCGGUCCCGGUCCCGCGACGGCCGCUUCAUCGACGAGCCCAAGACGUCGCGCCCGUCGUUCGGCUCGCGCGAGUCCAGCUACGUCUACCCCGAGGAGGACCUGGACGGCCGCCCGCGCUCCCGCCGCACCAACGGCCCUGGCUCCGCCUCCGGCUCCGGCAGCCUCCUGCCGUACCCCGACGACGACAGGUAUCUGCCGCAAAA